AUGAGCAUGGGAGCAAUGAGAAUGUGCCCAUGGAAGAGAGGAGUCAGAGGAAGAGAGGAUGAGCUCCCCAUGUACCAAGAGCACUAUGAUGCUCUCUUCUCCAUGGACUUUGUGAGACCAAGUACCCACAUGAUGACACAUGAAGGCCUUGGAAUCUUUGAGGAUGUGGAGUUGGUCUCAAGAACAUGCACUUGGCCAAGUUCUUGUGAGUUCUUAGCUUCAAUGAGGCAGCUUGGAGAUCUUGUUUGGGUUCAACUAUGGAGAGGGAACCAAGUGGAACUUCAAGGAAAAGAACUCCAAAGGGUUUGGGCUACAAUCGCUGAUGGAGUGUACUCUUCCUCAAGGUCCAAGGCAGCUCAGAUCAGGAGCCCAGUGCUUGAGAUAUGUGCACAAGGCACUUGCCAACACCUUCUUUGCAAGGAAGGCGACCGGGACAAUCAACGAGGGGAACUCAAGUUUCUUGACAUGGGAAUCAAGCCCUUCUCUCACGCACAAGCGAUGGCAAGAGGAUCAGGGGAGAUAGAUCUGACACAGGGAACUUGA